AUGACCACUCCAUCCCCCUCAUCCCCUCCAGACCGCCGCCUCACCCUCCAAGUCGGCGAACGCAUCUUCACAACCACCCGCUCCACCCUAAGCGAAAGCACCUUCUUGGACUCCCUUCUCUCCAGCCGAUGGACCAGCAACGCCCUCCCCGACGGAAGCUACUUCAUCGACGUGGAUCCCACUCUCUUUGAACACAUCCUGCGUUACCUCCGACGGGGCAUCUAUCCGCUCUUCUACUCGCCAGACAAAGGCCAUGACUACGCUCUCUAUGCCGCACUCCUCGAAGAAGCACGCUAUCUCGGAAUUCUGAAAUUGCAGACUUGGCUGGAAGAGAAACGGUACCUGAAUGCUGUGGAAGUGAGCACCUGGAUGGAGACAAUUGAUGAUGGGGAUACAAGCUUUCUGGAGAAGACAAGACCGGCCAAUGAGUGGAUGGAACUUUAUCCUGAGUGGGGUGUUAAGAAAACUUAUCUCUGUCCGAGGAGGAUUGUGGUGCAUCGUGGGUCGCCUGGGGCGUGUGGACGACAGUGUCGCAAUGCGAGAGGUGAUAGAGAGGAUAAGUAUGAUGAGGAGCCGGUUUUGAAGCUUUUUGUGGUGCAUAAGAAGGUGAUUUUCAAUGGGGAUGUAUUGAGGAGGCAAAUGAGUGAGGAUAAUCAAGAGUCCAAGGAGGGAGCUCAGGAUACUACAUGGCUGCUGCGGUAUACUUCUGUGAGUGGUACUUGA